GGCGGUCAUCAGUUUAACGUUGUGUUAUUCUCUUGACCGGCGUCAUGAUGCACCGACUGAUCCGGUCGCGGUACCGGCUGCUAUUGCUGGCUCUCGUGGCCCUUCUCCUGCGCUUGUAUCUACGGAUCAGCUUGUUUUCCAUCCGACAGAGAUCUCCCGCGUACUCGGAGAGCCCGACACAAGAGCCCAACCACAAUCAAUUGCCGCCCCCGAUCAGUGACUGGGACAUCUCUGGAUGGGAACCGCCGGUCGCCGUCUACCGGGAGAAGGUGUACAAGCCCGCCGCGGCACCCGUCUAUCCUGCCAUUGACCCGUUCCCAGUGUUGUCCAAGAACCCGCGACCGACUCGGGAUGUUCUUGUCGCACCAAGCAUCAACCGCCCACCGCAAGAGCACUACCCGGAACAGACGCCCUUGUUUGUCGGCUUCACACGCAACUGGCCGCAGCUGCUCCAGUGCGUCGUGAGCUACAUCGCGGCGGGCUGGCCGGCGGAGGACAUCUAUGUCGUCGAAAACACGGGCGUCAUGUACGCCAACCGGGACGGGAAGUUGACACUGCAGAACCCCUUCUACCUGAACCACACCCAACUGGCCAUGUUAGGGGUUGGCGUCAUCGUGACACCAACCCUCCUCACGUUCUCCCAACUCCAGAACUUCUACCUCUGGACAGCCCUCGAACGGCAAUACCCUUACUUCUUCUGGUCGCACCAAGACCUGCUCGUCUUCUCCCUCGAGCCCAACAUCACCGCCACAGGCGAGACCAACAACCUGUACACCAACGCGGUAACCACCCUCCGCCACCUCACCAGCGGCCCCGCCCACCACAACACCACCAACAACAACAACCCCAGGACGACGCAGCCGUCAUGGGCGCACCACUUCUUCGCCUACGACCACCUGACGCUCGUCAACCGCGACGCGGUCCUCUCCCUCGGCGGGUGGGACACGCACAUCCCCUUCUACGCGUCCGACUGCGACGCCUACCUGCGGGCGCGGUGGGCGGGGCUGGCCCAGACGCAGAGCACGAUCGGGCUGGUGCUGGACGUGGGCGAGGUGAUGGCGGACCUGGGGGCGCUGUUGCGGCUGGAGGGCAGCGUGGCGCGGCUGGCGGGGGACGAGGAGGAGGAGGAGGGGGAGGGGGAGGGGGAGGAGCUGGGCGGGCCCGGGUAUGUGGAGCGGUGGGAGGAGUUGGUGGCGUUGGGGGAGUGGAUGCAGAGGGAGAAGUAUGCGCAGGGGAAUGGGAUGCGGAAUACGUGGCAGGUGCGGCAGAGGGGCGGGCAGGGUGAGCCGUUUUAUCGGGAUGCGGACGGGUUUGAGAGGGGGGUGAGGAUGAUGAUUGAGACGGGGAGGGAGGUGUUUGCGGAGAAAUGGGGUCACCGCGGGUGUGAUGUUGAGAAGACGGGGGCGGUGGGGGAGGAUGCGUGGCGGUUGGAGAUGGAUUGGGUUGAGGGAACGGAUUGUGAGGAUGAGAUGGGGAGGGGUGUGUUGGGGUCUUGGAAAGGCUCUGGCUCGUGGUGAUGGAGAGACUUGUUGUUGGCUCUGUUUCAUGGUGACACCAUUUGGACUAUGACGAGAGACCAUAACAAGUAAUUAGGAUACAAGAUUGAAACAUGGAACUGU